GCCUCACGGGCGGGAAAGAGGCGGAGGGCUGCAGGUGUGAAGGUGCGGCGGCCUGAGGUUCUGAGGGCCUUAGCUUCUCUGCGGUGCAGCCUGUUCUGUCUGGCUUUGUGGGUGUGAGUGUCCCUGCCGGCAGUGACUGAGGGGGCAGGUCGCCGGGAGCCGGGUUCUUGAUGCCAGGCCUCAGGCCUUUGCGUUCCCCAGCACCUCUUUGCCUCGCAGUCCUCGUGACUGCCGAUGUGAGUGAGCAUUUACCCAAAAUGUCAAACAAAUGAUUUAGGCGACUUAUUCCCCGUCAGGUCCAAUCUGACCUCGUCCCUACUAAGGACAGAGCGACUUCCAUCACUGCUGUGUCCCAGAUUUCUCAGGGAUAAAAUGAAUAAGAAGAAGCAGCUGCGGAACUCAGGAGACUGCCUCCAUCCCCCAAAGCCUUCUAAGAAUCCACAGCUGACAGACUCCCAUGGAAGCCCCCAGAGCGCCAUACUGGUCCAUUCACACCACUCCAGCCAGUUAGAACACAGCUCAGAACCUGCUGCCUCUGAAGAGCCAGGUGGGGAGGAACCACUACCUGAAGCUUCCAGCUGCGCUGUAGAGGACCCUGGAGCUGCCUCUGACUUCCCAGGGUCACCCAAAGAACUGAUCUCCCUGCCUCCUUCCCAGAACUCAGGGAGGUUUGUCCCUCAGUUUUCCAAACCAAAGAAGACAGUAACAAGAAAUGCCAAAGCAUGGGAAGAGGAUCCAAAGAGCUGCACCAUAAUCCAGGAAAAAGAGCUGGGCUCCCUCCAGGCAGGCAGCCAACCACAGAAAGAGCCCCUGAGGUUCCUGCUCCAUGAUGCCAAAAGAGCAGAAGACCAGACAUGGGCAGAUGGCAUCCACUCAAAGGAGAGUUCCACCUCACCAGAUAUUGGAGGCCUGGAGAACAAUGGUUUUGAGAUGCAGAGGACCACAGUUCAAGACAGUAUCCAGGAAAGGCACCUGUCAGAUGGUGAUGCUGAAGGGAGGGAGGCAGAUAAAAGAUCCACACAGGAAGGAGAUGUCCAAGGAAGGGAAGCAGGGGACCAGCAGUCUGGGGAACUCCAGGAAGAAGAGGACAUCCUCUACACUUCAACAUUAGUUCCUGCCUCAGAUCCCACCAUAUCAUGCCUAAAGACCUCAUCUGUGACUCAAGACCUCCCUGUCCCCACACAUAUUCUCAGCAGCACUGCUGUGGCACCCAGCUGCAGCAGCCCAGCAGAUGCCUCUCUUAUGGACAGUGUCAUUAGCGAUGUGAACUUAGAUCCCUCUGUGUUGCAACACAGGACUCCAGAGGUGGCCAGGCUGCUGGGCUCUCCAAAUGGAGAGCCCAGUGGAAGCUGUAGUGGAACUCUUCUGGACUGCAUACUUUCUGCUGAGGAGACCACAGCAGGUAGAGAGGAGGUCAGCUGGAAAGAGAAGUCACCUAGUAACAUCCUGGCAAGCUUCACUGAGGCUUCAGUUCCUGAGAAACAAGAGCUCAUGGUGGAAGCUGGAAAUUCAGGUCCUAUAGCCCAAGAAAUGGGUCCAGGUGUCAAAACCAAGGACCCUGGCUCUAAUGGGCAGUUGCCAGGAGGGAUAGAAAUGCUGCCUUUACAGGAACAGCCCAUGAGCCAAAAGGUAGUGGAGUUAAGUAGCCUGGACUGCCAUCAAGACUUUGAGGGCUUCAGUCUGUCUCCUCAUGCCUCUUCUCAGCAAGAGAAUAGUUGUGCAGCUAGUGACUUUCCCCAGGAGACCAAGGCCUGUCACAGCAGCCCAGGCAUUCCCACAGGCCUAGCAGAGCAGCAGCAGCCAGCUCCCAGUUCCAGAGGUCAGGCUGCAUGGCAAGAGUCCUCAGCAAUGGAGCUAGACUUCCUGCCUGACAGCCAGAUACAGAAUGCCCUGGAUGCUCCCAAUGUGGAGGCUCUACCUGAGCAGGGUUUUCCUGCAACGAAUGUGCCAGGCCUUGGUUGGCCUGUCCCUAGCCCGUAUGCCAUCGAAGGAUCCCCAAAGGUGGUGGCCAAACCUCAGCCCAGGGCUGCAUCCACGGCUGACAUCGCAGUACUCUGGAGUCAGGAAGCUUGGGACUGACUGCGGCAGCAAAUUCCAGGCCAGUCUGAGCUAAAGUGCUGCAAUCCGACCCCACCUGCUGUCCCCUCACUGUGCCUCGGCCGGCUGGGGUUCCUGGGGAUGGGAUUUGAUGCCAGUCACAAAUCACAUUGCCAGGGAUUUCCAACUGACCCUGUGCUCUGCCUUGGGGGCUCCUGUUGCCAAGGACACCUUUCCUGGGUACUGGGUGACAGAGAAGCCCAUCGUGACAACUGGCCUGAGGAGCAGGGCUUAGCUGCUUGUGAGCAAGGUCCACAGCAAGUCGUGUUCACAGUGGCUAAGUUCCGCCCCCUGGACCCCAUCUCUCAGGCCGCUGCUGCCCACCCUGCUCUGCUUCCUGGCCAGCAUGGCUGUGCCUCUCCCUGGGCUCCGCCUCCUGUGCCUACUGAGCUGAAACAGUUGAUUCCAGUGCACUGGCUCAGUUCAGCAGGAACAGGAGUCCAGCCCCCUAGGAGCUGGCACCCCUGCAGAAUGACUGUCAUGACCGGAGACCUGGAUGGAGUGGGGGUCGGAAGCAAUGGGUGACCAGUCCCACCUAGGUCCAGCUAUCUGCCGUUGGCCCUUCCUCUAAGCCCACAUCCAGGAAUCCCACCCCACAUGGCCACACCUUGAGAUUUUUGUGGUUUCCAAAAAGAACAGAUGAUGAGUGGGCGAUCCUUGCAUUAAAAGGCAUAGCAGUUGUGUUCCCGCAGGGCCUGGAGGCCCUUCCUCUCCUCAGCCUGGUGGGGCCCAGGCACCACCCCUUACAGACACCUUCCUUGUAGUCAGUUACCCAAGAGGAAGCUGUUUUAGGCCCUCUGACCGUUAAAUGCCAACUCCCAGCUUCCGCAGCAAUCCAGGGUGCCUAACACUCCCAUGGGGCCCAUAGCUUUCUCCUGGUAACAGUGGGGCAGAGAGCAAACUCUACACAGGCCCUCAAAGGAUAUGAACAGAUCCCGGCCCCUCCCCAUGUUGUGCCUCUUGGAAUAGUCUCCAAGAGUUAAAACGUUGCCUGCUCCUCCAAUCAGAGUAGAUGCAGACUAGUUGGCAUGGGGCUAAGUCACACUCCCCAGACCCUCUGUGCCACCUCCCCACCCUGGCAGGGGCAAAUCAAAGCUUGGGGGAGGAACAGUCAGAGCUUGUAUUGAGUGUUGUGCCUGAUUUCCAGUGAAAUAAAAGCUGCCGGCUUCAUCCCUUA